GCCCUUGGUGUGAUGGUAAUGAGCACGGGCCUCGCGCUAGCGGCAAGUGGCAACAGGCUUUGGUUCAGUGUUUGCGGCGGCCCACACUGCAGCUGCUCCAUCUUGGCCGGAAGGGUCCCACUACCAUUCACGUCCAACACCGAAACGAGACAACUGAAGCCAUUCGCUUCAUACAGCACACCACCAACACACGGCCCGACGAACGAGUAAAUAGCGCACGAGCGCAGCCUCAAUGAUGAACCGACCAGGGGCAGUACCACAAACGCUCCGCGGCAUGCCCGGGGGCUUUGGGGGCCAGCAGCAGCAGCAGCAACAACAGCAGCAGCAACAACAAGCAGGUCGCGCGGUCUCGAACAGCAGGUUACCGAACGGGAAGAUAGGGCCGGGAGGAAACGCGGCAGGAUGGGGGUUCGGCGCCAUGCCCAUUGGGGGGGGUGGAAGCGCGCCUACGGCGGCGACGGCAAGACAAAUGGGUGGGAAUAUCAGUUUCGCGCAGAGCUUGGCGGGAUCGCAGCAGCCGGCAACACCAUUGGACCCAUCGGAAUUUCCAUCCUUAUCCAAUACAUCCCAACUGAACUCGUCGAGUCAAUCAAACAUGUGGUCGGCGCAAGGACCUCGGAGCCUGAGCGGUGGGGUUCACCGCGGCGGCGGAACUCCAGUCUCGUCGCAACAGAGCCAGCAGGACGACUUGUUUGCCUCGCGUUUACCGUCUGCCCAAGCUGCAUUUAGGUUUGGCAACCAAGGGAGCGCUGCCCAACCAGCGCAAGGGCAACAAGGCGUGGCCGAGGAGUUCCCGCCGUUAAACCGAGCUCCGAAUGGUGAGAUUGGCGGGCAAGAGCGAGGAGGGAACUUGAUGUCGACCCUGGGGUUUGGCGCCCAGGGCUCGGCUGGAACUACCAUGCAUGCGAAUCGGACAGGGAACGGCUUGUUGAGCGCGCUGUCCGCCACUUCAAGGACUGGGGAUACCCGCUCACCGACGGCGAUAGCACGACCUCAGGAUCCUCGGAGCCCAGUCGAGGAUGAGCCGCAUCCGAAGCCAGCAGGGUAUCGUGAGGGCUCGGUGGACUCGAUGGGUGGGAGAAACCCGCUCGGCGCAAUCGGCAAUGACCCCCCGGCUGGUAAAGGCAAGGAGGAAGAGAAGACACCUGCCACCCAGGCGCAAGAUCCGUUAGAGGGCAUGGCGUCCAUCGAUAAAUGGGGUCUAAAGGGUCUCCGGACACUGCUGAACAACUUCCCCGAUUACAACGCGCUGGCGUGUGGCAUUGACCCGGUAGCGCUGGGUGUAGAUAUGCGCUCCACAGAAACCUUGUCCACAAAGGUCUACUCGCUAUUUGACGACGUUGCGCCCCGACCGCCAGUGCCGAAAUUCCGGCUCCCUGACUGCUACCAGGUCAAGAACGUCCAGCCGAUCGAGGCCAAGAUCUCGAGCUUCAACGAAGAGACCUUGAUGUGGAUGUUUUACAGCUGUACGCAGGACAUCCAGCAGCAGAUGGCCGCCAUGGAGCUCAACAACCGCAACUGGAGGUGGCACAAGAAAAUGCAGAUGUGGUUAACCAAGGACGACGUCAUGGUGCCCCAAUCACUGAGCCCAUCCCACGAACGCGGCUACUAUGUCGUCUGGGACGCGGUCCACUGGCGCAAGGAGAGGCGGGAACUCGUGUUGCAUUACGCGGACCUCGAUACCACGCCCGCUGCUCAGUUGCAAAACAUACCAGCUUGAGCCCAUAUGUGCUCUUGAGACAACAAGGGGUACGGAUUUAUGUGCGUAUAUGUAACUAGGCGGCGAGUCUUCUCCCUAGGUACGGAGGGGGGCUAUGGCGGAGGAAUUGGCGCAAUAUGAUUUGAGAGCCUUCUCAGGGGCGGCUUUCAGGGGCAGCUGUGGCUUUGGUGUGUUGUGGCAAGUGACAGGUGGCGUAAUUAUUAGGGCGAGUUGUGUAACGUGGCUCGUGGCACGCGACUGGCCCACUUGCUGCGUAACGGCCAAAUGCUUGGCGGCGAUCUGCAUUCGAUUGAUUGACCUCAACCGA